CCGCUGCCUCAGUUUCGUUCCUUGUCCCGCCUGCAUGCUACACUCUGUGUAUCCGAUGUGAAUUGGUUACCAACCUUUCUUGAGAGCUGCCCAAACUUGAAAUCUCUUAUCCUGGUGGCAUUGAAUAAUUAUGAGGAAUUCGAGGAGAUGAUUCAGUUCAGUUGUUCAUCUGUUCCCGAAUGUCUGUUAUCGUCGCUCGAGUUUGUUGAUUUCAAUAUCCAAAUCCUGGGAUAUGCUGCAGAAAUGGAGCUGGCAAAGUACUUCCUAGAGAAUUCAACAAUCCUCAAGAAACUCACUCUACAUGUGAACCAUGGUUCGAUAGACUCUGACAUCUCCAACGACCUCCUCAGAGUCCCAAGACGCUCCGCCACGUGU